AUGCCGAACUUCAUGCCCAAGGCCUUCACACGCAGGAAAUCCUCGGGGAACGCGCUGGAGGAAUUCGACAAGCCCGUCGAGUCGUCAUUCCGGGUCAUGCCUCGAGCCGAGGUGCCCAAGUCGGCCACGACCGGCGAGCUGGGCUUGGGUGUCAGGCGCGCCUUCAACCCGCGCCCUGUGAGCUCGCCCAUGGGGCCCCUGCAGCCAGCCCAGCCCCUCCAGCACCUGCGUCAGAACUCUUACGACGAGAGCCCGUACACCGGCCCCGGUAACAGGGGCAGCAAUGGCAGCAGUGCCGCGAACUCCAGUGCUUCGCGGUUCUACGACACGGGCUCAUCUGCGCGCCACAGCUCGACCUCGACCCUGCCCUCCUCCGCAGAGUUCGACAACGACGAUCUUUUCACCAAAAAGGUGCCCGUACCCAGCGAGGCCCGCGAUCGCACCUCGUCCUUCACCAGCAUCACUGGUCGUUUUGCGUUUCACCGAAAGUCGGGAAAGCCCUCUGGGUCACCCACGGCCAAGAAUGACUCGGAGGAUGUGCACUCGGGUCGGGAUCGAGCUAUGACCGCGAGCAGUUAUGCAAGCACGGCCCAUCCUCCAAAGCUCGAGAACCUGCCAUCAUCGGAUUUCGGCAACGAUUUUGGAGAUCUCUUUAGCAGUUUUGCUGCGCAGCAACGGAAGAGCGCCAUUCUCGAGGAGUCGCCCCUCCCGCAGCCCCCUCCGCUCGCCAUGAGAUCCGAGUCCGAGCCCACGCUACCUCCGCCUCCCAAAACUUUUGCGUCGUCUAGACCCACUCAGCCUCCAUCUCCCAUUCGUGUUGAUAGGACUAAAGACGUCGGCGGGUCCCCGUACUCGUGGGACAGCCGCGACUCGAACGAUGCACUGAUGGCAUCCCCUCCUGUUGCCGCUCAUUCUCCGUACAACGAAAGAGCCCCUCCGGUGCCUCGCCACUCGAUCGUCCCCCUGUCGGCCAGUCCACCGCCGCUUCAGGUCCGCACGAAUUCCAGCCCAGUCUCGGAGCGUAAGCCUGCCCGCAACGGAGCCAUGAAGACGCCGUCGCUGCCUGUCGAGGACGCGGACGCCCGAAUGGUUCGGGAGUCCUUUCGGGCUAGUCGCGACGCCAAGGACCUGGAGGCGGCCCAGACUCGUCAAAACGGGUCUUCCGAAUCCUCCGUGAAAACACCGUCUUUCUCUUCAGCACACUCCAGCAUCCAGUCCCAACACCAAGCGCAGCCUGUCACGGCUGCAUCUUCUCCGGACUCGAUGGCUGAAGCUACGCCUCGUGCCAAGGGCGCCGGCACGGCCAAUGAGGAGUCGCGCCCCUUGUUCAGCAAGACGCCUCCCACCCCCCAAACGACGAGGCCAGGCGUUCGCUUCGAAUCGCAGAAGCCCGCGCGCAUGACUCAGGCUGAGUUCGCCGUUCUGCAACGUCAGCAUCAGAAAGACCCUCUGAGUGACGACGAGUCCGACGUGUCUGAUGAAUACAUCGAUGACGACCAAGAAGAGGAGGAGCGCAAGAAGAUCGAGGAGAUGCGCAAGAUCCGCCAGCAGCAGCAAGAGAAGAUGAGCGCACAUCGGGAGAUGAUGAAGAAGACCGUCGGCGGCAUGAACCAGUCCCUCGGCGGCCGUCCCGUCAGCAUGGAGAGGCCUGGCAUGAACAGAGCCAGCAUGAGCACGUCGGAGCUGCUGGGAAACCGGGCUUCGUAUUAUGGAGGCAACGAGGACGAGGAUGAGACCGACGACAUUCCCCUUGGCAUCCUGAAAGAACACAAAUUCCCCAAGCUCGGCAACCGCUUGUCCCACCACAGCUCUCUGACGAAUCUCCGCUCGGCUUCCGCGCAGGGCAUGCGCCCGGUCUCCGCCGCUGGCUCCGUUGUCGGGGGUCCCGGCAACCUUCCACCAUUUGCUCGCGGCCUUCCGGCAGACCUUCCGUCAGAACCCUACCUCGGCGCCAACCUGGUCCAGCAGCCCAUGCGGGAGUCGAUCGGUUACGGCGCCAUGGGCCCCGCAUCCGUGUAUGAAGGUUCGACCGGUGGCAAUGCGCAGCCCACGUUGGUCAACAUGAUCGCGGAUGCUGAGCAGGCGAAGGAGGCUCGCCGCGGCGGCGCCACCAAAAUCUUCGGUACCACGGCCACGUAUGGGCAACGAUUGCCUCAACCCGGACAGAUGGGCAUGGGCCAAGGCCAGGGCAUGGGAAUGCUCGGGCUCGGGAUGGGUAUGCCCCAAGCGCAGCCGCAGCAGAUGUUCAUGCCGCAGCAGCAACAGCAACUGAGCAUGAACAUGAAUAUGCAGCAGAUGCAGAUGCAGCAGAUGCAGGCCAUGGCCCAGCUGCAACAGCAAAUGCAGAUGAUGCUGCAGCAACAGCAAAUGGGCAUCCAGCAAGGCAUGCCGCAAAUGGGCAUGCAGCCGGUGAUGCAGCAGGGCAUGAUGGGCCAAAACAACUUCGGGUCGCCUCUUCUGGGCCAGCGUCCGAUGUCCAUGGCCAGCGCACAGGGGCUUGGCCAGCAGCGUACGAGGAGCAUGGUGAACCCGCCUUCGAUGAGCUUCGGCGGGCUGCAGCAACAGUUUGGAAGCCACCUGGCACCCGGGUACGCGCCGUCUCUCGCGCCAUCCGAACGCAGCAACGUAGGCCAGUCUGCCCGCUACAGGCCCGUUACCCAGCAGAUUCAUGACGGCAGCUCUACGGUCAUGUCACAGUCGACUGUCCAGCCCGGGCAGGCUGGUGCGAACCGUCUGACAAUCCGAGUCAAGGCAAAGUCGCCCAAGUCUCAGACGAGCGGAGCGAACGAGGAUGACGACGAUGAAGGCUGGGGCUCGCCGAAGAAGAAGUGGUCGGCGAAGAAACGGUCGAAAUCGGACAAUCAGCUCACUGACUUCAUUCCGGCCUUCGAGUGA